CUUUGUGUCAUCUUCCCUGCAAUGAGACAGCAGGAGGAGGGAGACGAGUGCUGAGGGUUGAGGGGACUGGAGGGGACCCUUUGAGCCUGACUUCUCCUCCCCUCCAUUCUCUACUUCUGUAACUGUAUGGCCCUGGGGCUCUAGCUGCUGCCUGGUGAGGGGCCCAGUGGGUUCCUGGCACAGGCUGUUGCCAAGAAUGCCUUUGCUGCCAUCUUGGGACUGCUGGUUUUUCUCUUCGGUAAUUUCCAUUUUCCCUGCAAUUGGAGUGGCGUGCUGGAGAAACUAUUAGAAACCCAGGGAACCUGGGCUGCUUUCAGAGCUGUGGGAGGUCUUGGGGUGGGGUGCCAUGUGGAUGGGGGAGGGACCAUCCACAGGGCUCUGCCAUGUGGGUGUGAGGCCUCCUGGCAUACUGGUUACUGGGAGGCCACUGGCAUGUGCACUCCUGGGCUGGAGGAAAGCUCCAGGGGUUCCGUCUCAGUUUGCUCCAUCAAGAAGUGGGGAGGCAGUGCAGGCCAGUGCCUAGGCCAUCUGGGAAGAGGGGCAGACUGGAGGAACUGUCUUCUUGGGAAAGGGGUGUGAGAAUCCACCCUAGUGUUUUUAAUUUUUCUGGGCAGCAGGAGGUCAGACUAAGUGGCUGCAGAGGGGAGGGUGUGGCUUUGCUGGAGCCACAUCAGGGAAACUAGUCUGGAAGUGGCUCCUUCAUGAGCGCUGCCAUUGCCAGGGGUUCAGGGACAGAAUAAAAGGCCCAGGCUGUGGCCUUCGUAGGAACUGGGGAUGUGGGACUUGCACCCCAGGGGGUCUCUUAGCCCUCUCCUUCCGGUUUCUGAGCUCUCUCCUGUGGUAGCGCAGGCUGGAGUGGAGGGAAGUCUUUCUGGGUGGCUGCUGGCCUCCGGCUCCCCCCUGAUGCAUUUCCUACCCCAGCCCCUGUUCUGGUUUCCUGCAGAGACUAGCAGACAGAGAGAGAAACAUCUUUUCCUGGCAUCUCUGCUCUGGGAUGUUUCUGCUCACUGGUGACUAUAUAGUCUGACCCAAGAAUUCUAAUCACAGUAGGGAAAACCAUGAACUUCAUUCCCGUCUGCCAACUUGCCCAGGUUCACACCUUGAGUAUUUCCUGUGACUGGCUGACUGGCUAUGGAGGUUGGUGGACAGUGGUCACUAGCUCCCCACCUGGCCCAGGAGGAGACCUAAGGUAACUCUGGACUUGCCUAAACCACCUCUCAGUCCUUUCUCAUCUUGUAGCCUUGGGUGGUUGGCCAUUGCCUUCUGAAGGUUCCCCUUCUGGAACCCGGGAGUGGAGUCCCCUCACUCCUUUCCCUUUCCUGCUGGGCACCUCUCCCUGGGCUGUCUCCACAUCCACAGCUUUUUACCAUUACCUCCAUGAAUUUACACUUUUCUUCCUGACUGCAGUUCAGAGAGCCAGUGUUGAGAUUCCACCUGCUCAACCGACCCUCCCUGCUCUCUACCCAUCACCCUACCUUGGGACCUGUUGACCCUUCCUCUCCUCUUCCUUAUUUAAAUAUGAUGGAGUGAAUAGGAGCUCAAUGCCUCAAGUCAGACAACCUGGGUUCUCUGCUCUAUGUGAUGGGUAAUUUACUUAACCCCUCUGGGCCUUAGUUUAUCCAUAAAAUGGAAAUAAUAAGAAGAGACUAUGGCCUUGUGGGGACUAAUGGAAAGAAUGCACAGAGGCAUUGGUGCAAAGCCUAGCUCAUCAGAGGCCUCCAAAACAUUGGCCAUCAUUGACCAGCUUGCAAGAGUUUUCUAAUUGUCACUUGUGUCCUGUUGACUGGACCUCCAGUCCAUUCUGCACUUGGUGGUCAGACAUGUCUCUUUUCUGCAGAGGAACCUCUCUUGGCUCCCCUUUGCCCAUCAAGCAGUUUGGGCACAGUUUACCCCUUCACCACAUUUAUUCCUGCUCUCAUUUGCUCCCAGCUGUGUGUAAUGGACACAGGCACUCUCCCCUGGGCAAUCCUGAAACAUGUUUAGGAAGAGGCUGAGCAACGUGACUCCCUGACCCUUCCCCCAGCCAAAGCUGAAAGAUCUUAGUUUUUUUCUCCUGAGAAAACAGGGCCAUCCAGGCCAGGGCUGCCCAUUGGCCUGGACUAGGGCAGGUGGGUGGGAAAGAAAACACCCUGUGCAAACAGAGGCAUUCUGAGAGCUGGCUGCCUGGAUGGCUGUGUUGAUGAAUGUCAGGAUUCCUAUGGAAGGGCCUCACCCCUGUGGGGGGACCAGUCAGAAGCCUGCUUGCCCCUUACACGCUUCUGGGAGCCUCCCAUCCUGUGCCUUCCCUCUAGGCCAGGGGUUCUCAAACUGCGGCCCGCAGGCCACAUGAGGCAGUGUGAUUGUAUUUGUUCACGUUGUGUUUUCUUCAAAAUAAGAUAUGUGCAGUGUGCAUAGGAAUUUGUUUAUUGUUUUUUUGUUUGUUUUAAACUGUAGUCUGGCCCUCCAAUGGUCUGAGGGACAGUGAUUUGGCCCCCUGUUUAAAAAGUUUGAGGACGCCUGCUCUAGGCUCUGGGCCACUCAGUCAAACUCCACCUAUCAGAAGCAGCUUAUCUGCUAUUUGCCUGACACUGAGAUAAGAAUCUGGCUGGCAAUUUCAUGAUGCCAAGCUCAGGGGCAAGAGGAUGUCAGCACCCUUUGCUUUUUAUGGGGAAGAGAAGGGCAUACAGAACUCCCCUCUUUCAAAGGUCUGGGAGCUCUAGCCCACUUGCAGAGUGCUGAAGAGGGGCUUGCCCCGCCACCUUUUUGGCGAACUGUUUUUUCUAAGGGACCCUCCCCACCAGGGCUCGUCUUCCAGGCCCUACUCCCCAUUCAUCUCCCCCAAAAUGUGACGAUCUCAACUCCUGGACACUCCCAUCAUAGCCCGGCCAGCACCUCGGGCAGCCGGUCCCAAGCCUGCAGCAACUCCUCCCUUCUGCCAGCCUCUGGGAGGGAAAGAGGAGCGUGUUCCUUUAAGGGGCUGGUCCGGCGGGAGCACGGGGGUUUCUUCGCUGCCGCUUCCUUCCAGGCCAUUCAGGAGCCCCAGGUUCGCCCGCCGCCACAGACCAGGACCCGUCCUGAGCACUCCAGCUGUCGAGGAACUUCCUGGGGACGUUUUCCCUGCAACCUCAGCCUUGCCCACGACACCCUGGCGCUGUGGCCGUGCAUGUCGCAAUGGGCCUGCUGCCCCUGGUCCUGUUGCUCCUGGUCCUGUUGCUCCUAUUGCCUGGCAUCUCCGGACUGCCCUUCUACAAUGGCUUCUACUACUCCAAUGGCUGGAACCCAGGCAAUGGCCACACUGAAGGCCUCUUCAAUGGUGUGAAGCUGGUGGUAGAGACGCCUGAGGAGACCCUCUUCACCCACCGAGGGGCCAGUGUGACCCUGCCCUGCCACUACCACUAUGAGCCGGCCCUGGUCUCCCCACGGCCUGUGCGCAUCAAAUGGUGGAAACUGUCAGAGAACGGAGCCCCAGAGCAGGAUGUGCUGGUGGCCAUCGGGCUGAAGCACCGCUCCUUCGGGGACUUCCAAGGCCGGGUACACCUGCGGCAGGACAAGGAGCGUGAUGUCUCUCUGGAGAUCCGAGACCUGCGGCUGGAAGACUAUGGGCGCUACCGUUGUGAGGUCAUUGAUGGGCUGGAGGAUGAGAGUGGCCUGGUGGAGCUGGAGCUUCGGGGUGUGGUCUUCCCCUAUCAGCCCCCCCAAGGGCGCUACCAGCUCAACUUCCUCGAGGCCCAGCAGGCCUGUGAGGAGCAGGAUGCGGUGGUGGCCUCCUUUGAGCAGCUCUUCCGGGCCUGGGAGGAGGGCCUGGACUGGUGCAAUGCGGGCUGGCUGCAGGACGCCUCAGUGCAGUACCCCAUCAUGCUGCCCCGGCAGCCCUGUGGCGGCCUGGGCCUGGCACCUGGUGUGCGCAGCUACGGCCCACGGCACCGCCACCUGCACCGCUACGACGUGUUCUGCUUUGCCGCUGCCCUCAAGGGACAAGUGUACUACUUGGAGCACCCUGAGAAGCUGACGCUGGCACAGGCAAGGGAGGCCUGCCAGGAAGACAGUGCCCAGAUUGCCAAGGUGGGACAGCUCUUUGCUGCCUGGAAGUUUCGUGGCCUGGACCGCUGUGAUGCUGGCUGGCUGGCAGAUGGCAGUGUCCGUUACCCUGUGGUUCACCCCCGUCUCAACUGUGGUCCCCCAGAGCCUGGCGUCCGAAGCUUUGGUUUUCCAGACCCCCAGAAUUCCUUGUACGGUGUCUACUGCUAUCGCCAGCACUAGGACCCAGGGCCUGCCCCUGCCUCAUUCCCUAAUGGGCUGUGUAUUUAUUCAGUGGUUCAUUUUUCCCUGUGGGUGGGGGCAAUUUUAGUAUUGUUUUUAUACUUAUCAACUUAAAUCUAAAAAUAAUUUUUUUUUUACUAUUUUUUGUAAACUGGACAGAAUCCAAUGUCUCCCAUUGCUCAGGUGGAUACCCCAAGGCUCCCCAUCCAUGAAUUCUUCUGCCCUCUACUCUGGGACAUUUGAGGUUUAUGGGCUUUUAGAGGGCUCUCUGCCAUGUCCAAGACCAGCCUAUCUCCCUGUCCCAAGGAGGCUGGCAUCCAGAAAAGACAGUUGUCUGGCCAGGGUGCCACGGUGUGUGUAUCAGGGCCUGGUAGCUGCAGCUCUCCCUGAACCCCAGCGUGGGGGAGGGAGAGGACCUCUGGAGCUGGGCUUCGGGGCUCUUCUUCUCCCUUCUACUUCUCUGUGAAGCUGCUGGCCCAGAUUAGCCCACUAAAGAGGGAGUCGCUAGGCUUCUGGGUGACAUCAGGGAAAGGGAGAAAUUCCCAUCCCCAUUCUUCCCUCCACUCUUGUCUCCAAAGAGUCUGUGUUUUGUUCACAUUCUUCCCUUUGUGGGGAGUGGCCAGCCAGUGUGUGUACUUUCUUUGGAUAAUAAAUGGUGCUG